GAAGGUUUCGGCUUCUCUCAGGUACUUUAUCUACAGCAAAUUGGAGUUCAUUAACAAUUUUAACAAUGUUGCCUGAGGACACAUUGUUUGACAUGUUCAUCUGCUCAUCUGUAAUUCUUAUAUAGUAAAAUAAUAGUUAUCUUUGACAUUGCACCUGAAAUGGACCGUAAGCAGAAGACAUGAACCACUGCAUGUGUAGUACCAUAUAACUUGUAUAAUGAUAUAACUAAGUGUGCUGGAGAAUUACAGUCAAACUUUAAUUAGUAAGUGUACUUAUAUAUGCAGUAUACAUUGUGAUGUAAACAGUGUUUUAGUUUGCAUACAAAACUUCCAUUCCUAAAAAACAACCAUUACCUCAUGUUGUGAUAUGCUCUUACUUCAUACAAAAAGCUUUAGCCACUUUGGUUGUGUAAAUACAAUAACCAGACAGGAUUAAUUAAAUCAGACAUAUUUCCCUGGUCACAGAUAGGGUGUACCUUGAACAGUGAGUCAUUAUGCUCAGUCAGAAAAUAUGACAUCAGAAUUAAGGUUAUGAAAACAUUUCAGUAUUAAUGCCUGAAUGAAAAAAAAAUAUAUAUAUAUACAAGUUUGCAAAAAUGCUUGUAAAUAGUCACAGAAUGCAAGCAACCACAAAGUGCAACGAGUUUUCGAAACAUUUUGGUGCAUAGAGUGAUUAAUUCUCACAUUCAUGAACACUGUGUGGAUUUGCAUACCGUUGGAUAGCAGGUGUAACCUGUAUGCCUGUUUAAUAACUAAUACCUGACAUUUCAGACAUACCCGGUGAGUGCAUGUUGUUUUUGACCACAGAAAGGAAAAAAACAAUUCCUGCAAAUUUUUACACGAUCAUGAUCCGAUUUAACCGGAUCUCUCAUGCGUGGAAUAAACGAGGCAACAUCUUAACAGACCUGAAACAUUUCAGUGGUAGCCAGUACCCAGUUAUCUGUUCUUCAAAGGCUUUCACUGUCCCCUAGCUCCUCCCUCUCUGUACCGUGUGACAACAACAACUCAUCCACAGAGCGGAGCUGCACUUUUCAGCUCAUUUUCCUCCUGUCAUUCCUCCUCCUAUCUUUGAUCAUUGUCCCGCCGCUCAGCCCCCCCAAAACCCUCACUCAGCACGCCUUUUUUCGGCAGCUCUUUUUACUUCCCAACUUAUCUGAGGAGCUAAACUCUCGUGGAUUCUUUCAUUUAGGGGUGUCUCGGCAGGCUGGGUUUUAUACUUUGAACUUCGGCUACUCUCUUCCCCUCCUGUAGGUGACCAUGGCCGUACCGGCUGCUCUGAUCCCACCAACUCCUCUGGUCCCACCGCCUCCGAUCUCGACUCCCUCUGCGACGACGUCCCCGCCGUCGACAACUUCAUCACCAUCUCCAUCCCUGGCUCCCCCAUCCGGACCCGGACAGAACCUGUUCAGAUCAGAGCUCCUCGCCACCAGCAGCCCGGGCAUCCCGACAUCGGCUCUUCCCCCCAGCAAACCCGUGUACUCGACCCCGUCGCCUGUUGAAAACAUACCGCAAAACAAUGAGUGCAAGAUGGUCGAGUUGCGCGGUGCCAAAGUGGCUUCUUUCACCGUGGACGGCUGCGAGCUCAUCUGCCUUCCUCAGGCUUUCGACCUGUUCCUGAAGCACCUGGUCGGCGGACUGCACACGGUCUACACCAAGCUGAAGCGGCUGGAGAUCACGCCGGUGGUGUGCAAUGUGGAGCAGGUCCGCAUCCUCAGAGGACUCGGCGCCAUCCAGCCCGGGGUGAACCGCUGUAAACUCAUCUCCAGAAAAGACUUCGAGACUCUGUACAACGACUGCACCAAUGCAAGCUCCAGACCCGGCCGGCCUCCGAAGAGGACCCAGAGUGUGACAUCGCCAGAGAACCCCCACAUCAUGCCCCACUCAGUCCCUGGCCUCAUGUCCCCUGGCAUGAUCCCACCCACAGGCCUGACAGCAGCGGCGGCAGCAGCUGCCAACGCAGCCAUCGCAGAGGCCAUGAAGGUCAAGAAGAUCAAGCUGGAGGCGAUGAGCAGCUACCACGGCAACGCCAACCACCAUGGGGCCGACGGAGAGAAUGGAGACCUCAGUUCUAGCGUUGGCCUGGAACUCCCCUUCAUGAUGAUGCCACACCCCCUGAUCCCUGUCAGCCUGCCCCCAGCCUCCGUCACCAUGGCGAUGAGCCAGAUGAACCACCUCAGCACCAUCGCAAACAUGGCCGCCGCAGCACAGGGUCAGAGUCUGCCCUCCAGAAUGGUCACCUCUGUUAUAAAGGAACGUGUGCCGGACAGUCCCUCCCCUGCUCCUUCCUUAGAAGACAACAGGAGGCCAGGCAGUCACCCAUCGUCCCACCGCAGCAGCAGUGUGUCCAGCUCCCCAGCACACACAGAAAGCUCCUCAGACAGGAUACAAAUCUAUCUCCAUCCAGCGGCACACCACAAUGGCCUGUCCAUGAACCAAGCCCUGCUAGGCCUGUCCCCCAACAUUCCACCUGGACCUAAAGAGGGAGACUUGGCCCACGACAUGAGCCAUGAAGCAAAGAGGAUGCACGCUGACAAAGAUGAUAACCCCUUGUGUACCCCAACAGCAAGAGAUAGCUACGAGAGGUUGUCGUUGGCUGGACAGGCUCUACCUCCUGGCUUCCCCUCACCAUUCCUCUUCCCAGACGGCUUGUCGUCAAUAGAGACUCUCCUCACCAACAUACAGGGCCUGCUCAAAGUGGCAAUUGACAACGCACGGGCUCAGGAGAAGCAGGUGCAGCUGGAGAAGACGGAGCUGAAGAUGGAGCUGUUCAGAGAGAGGGAGCUCAGGGAGACUCUGGAGAAGCAGCUCGCCAUGGAGCAGAAGAACAGAGCAAUCAUUCAGAAGCGUCUCAAGAAGGAGAAGAAGGCCAAGAGGAAACUCCAAGAAGCUCUGGAGUACGAAUCCAAGAGGAGAGAGCAGGCCGAGCAGACUCUGAAGCAGCCCUCGCCCUCUGACAGCAUGCGUUCACUCAACGGUCAGGCGCUCCACAACUCUCUGACCCCUGAGAUGGAGAGUGACCGCAGCAGUGGAAGAACAGAUGCUGAAAGGACAAUACAAGAUGGAAGACUGUUCCUGAAAACCACAGUGAUGUACUGAUAAGGCCGAGAGGAGCUGGAGGAAAUAAAAAUUUCAGAAAAAAAAGGAAAAGAAAAAAAAAAGAAAGAGAGAAAGAAAGAAAGAAAAGAAAACCCAUGAAGAUUCUCAAGAGCCCUUAUCCAGGCUGAUUUAGUAGUGGAAGAAGUCAAGCUGCUUGUAGGAGUUCAAUGGAAAUGCUGUGUUCACCCAAAUGCUGGAGGAGGUUGUGUCUGAAUGUAGAAUAAGAAGUCUUUUUUCAUCACAGAGGCCAACAUGAAAUAGUUUGAUAAAGCAGGUUUUCACAUUAACGGGUUGGCCAAUGUGAAGGAUAAACAUAUAUAUUGAGCACAGUAAAAAUGUACCCAUGGUACACUGUUGGUAAUAACUCAUAAAUUCACAGCACUGAAGAUUUUUAUACUGUAUCUCAGCCAGCGAGAAAGCUUCGAAAAAGAAAUUCGACUGAAGUUUUGUUUUGUAUUUCAAAUUGAAUUUUGAGAAGCUAAAAAUGACACGUGGAGAUGAACCUUGUGAAGAAGAAAAAAAUGUGAAUCUAUCCAUGUGUUCAUCAAAAGAGAAGACUGAUGUUUGAUUUUAAUGUUUUCUAAAUUAGAUGACAAUACAAUCAAGUUUCCUUUUUACCAUUGUUGUAUAUACAAGAUCUGAUGAUAAAUGAUAGGAAAACUCACUCUAUCGAACCCGAGUGGAUUGAUAAGGUAUGUGUAUAUAACGUUAAGAGGUAUUGUGUAUGCAGUAGAGCUAUUAGGCAAACAAUACCACCAUUUAUAUAAACCUACAGUUUUGUUUUGUUCUAUUUCUGAGCCAUCAUUCUUUCCUAUAGCUGCCAUUUUGGUGAGAAAGCAUGCAGGCAUGUAAAUGUUUGUCCUGGAAUUAUGAUAUUUAAUAAAUCCUAUAUUGUGCUGAACAAAUACUAGGGUUGACUCACUCAAGCCCAGAUGAUUUUGAAAACAUAAUUAUCAAACAUUUCACUUUCAAAAAUGAAGACUUUUGCUGUCUAUAGUACUGUAAUCUUUGUAACAGAGGUAAUAUUUCUUGGAAUUUACUGUACAUUUGUCAUGAGACACACAAAAAUCAGCACCUCUCGAUACCUUUUUUAAAAAAAAAAAAAAAAAAAAUAUCCAGACUAAAUAUGAUCACGUGUCAGCUUGAGAAACAAUCAGUCAUGACACAAUGUUUUCGGAUCUGAAUGCCAUUUAAUUACAUUGCUCAAAUCCCUGUUGAAACUCCACAAACACACUCUUCUUCUUUUUUUAAAGAGUGUUUCAUGAUAUCCUAAUGAGAAAAAAAAAACUCAUAAUUUAUAAUUUUCCUGUUACUUUCCCUAAAGACUUCUGAAUUUCGGUGCUGAAACACCUGUGUAUAUUCUCUAGACAUCAGCUGAUGUCAGUCCUUUUAACUGAAAACGGUUUAGACCUUAUGUGUUACAGUCAGGAGGAGAGAGGAGGAGGAGGAGGGGGGAGGAGGGGGAGUGUCCCAUGUUCACAAUGUGUUUGUUCUUUUUGUUCUCAAUGGCGUGUCUAGGUCUGUUGUCACUGAUAACUUAUAUAGCUUCUCGAAUCAUCUCUUCAUUGUAUUUCAAAUUCAAAUAAAGUUAACAUGUUGAUGAUAAACUGUGAGUUAACUAUGUUGCCCGACGUCGCCACAUGACACUGAUUUAACACAUAAACAUGGAGAUUGUCACCCACUGAGACAGCCCAACAUAACAGUUCAAGAUGAUCUGAAAGAAAUGUAGCCAAUUGUUUUUGUUUUUGGUUUUUUUUUUUGUUUUUUUUUUUUGGGGGGGGGGGGGGGGGGGGGGCAGCUGCUUUCUUUGCAAAUCACUGUUGUGUUUUCAGCGUAUUGGUUUCUGAGACCGUUACAAUCAGCCCUCAGUCUUUUAACUCAUUUCUAUGUAUUAUGUAUGGCCUAAAAAAACAUUGCAGGUUUCUGUGCUGUAGAAAAUAAAUGAACAUAUUGUUCUUCCCUUUAUAUUGCAGUAAAAAAAAAAAAAACUAUGCGUAAUCAAAUGAUGCGAAUAUCUUGUGUAAGUUUUUCCUUUCUUUUCAAAGAGUGUGGAUGCGAGUGUGUGUGAGAACCCUUUGACUUGCAUGUGAGUGUUUUUUUUUUUUUAACUGCAUCGGCUAUUCCUAGAAAAAAAUGUUUAAAUGAGGGUGUGACCAAGCUCACUGUAAAUAAAUUAUUUCAUGUGUA